UGUUCAGAUCAGUUCUAUUGUGAAACAUUCAAGUUAAUCAUAGGGUUGAGCCAGGUUUAUGGGGUUUUUAUUUCGUGAUCGCCUCUAAGAUUUAUUAAAAUUGCAAAAGCUAAUAUCGAAUAUUGUUGCAACAAUUUAUUUGUCAAAAAAGUAAAACAAAAAUUAAGAAAAAAAAUUUAUGAAAGUGCGUAACGUUCACAACAAUCCGCAUUUAACUUGCUCAGUGCGAUAAGAUAAUAUUUUAAUAAUAUUUAUUUUGCGUUAUAACUGAUAAAAAAAAUCAAUUGGAUUUAACGAAUAGUGCUAUCGAAAUAUGUUGCAAAACGGUACAGAAGCAAAACAGUAUGCUAAUCAAGAAAAAUAUGAGGCGACUAGAAGUUGGAUAGAAAGUCAAGAUUUGCACAGUGAACAAAUUGUCGAAUCGGAUCUAGAAUCUUUGGCACAGUCGUCAGUAGUUGACAGCAGUGAUAGCGAAUAUGACACACAAACAGAAACAGAUCUUGAAGAUGCAGCAGUAACUACCAUGAAACUGGGCAUGCAAGUUGGAGACCAAUCUGAUGUUUUUCAAAUCACUGAAAGCAUUAAAGAGUUGUUUAAUAGCAUAAAUAGUGUUCAAACUGUGGGUAACGUAAAGAUUGAAAAUUCAACAGGUGUGCACAUUGGUAAUAUAACGAACAUUAAUGGCAAUAUCCAAAUAAUACAAGCACAAAAACCACAAGUAAAACGAACAAAAAUCAAACCAAAGUCUAACAACACAGCAGAUGCCUUUAACGAACAAACAAAAUUCAAAAUACCAAAGACCAUAUGUAGCAUUGUUCCCAGGCACUCUUGGUUAGCACAAAUGCCUAUGACAGACAAUGAAUACUUAACUGGACCAGUAGAAUAUGUGGUUAUAUUACACACAGCUACCGAGAGUUCGGUAAAACAAGCUAUAAAUAAAAGAAUAAUACGAGAUAUACAGUGUUUUCAUAUUGAAUCUCGUGGAUGGGAUGACAUAGCAUACAACUUUUUAAUUGGAUGUGAUGGCUUAGCGUAUGAAGGUCGUGGUUGGGGUGUUGUUGGAGCUCACACAAUGGGCUAUAACGCUUACUCAUUAGGCAUAUCUUUCAUUGGCUGUUUCAUGCGUGAAUUGCCUACUGAUAAUGCCCUUAAUACCUGCAAAAAUUUACUAAAAAAAGGCGUUGAAGAAGGUCAUUUAUCUGCAAAAUAUAAACUCAUAUGUCAUUGUCAGUGUACAUCAACAGAAAGCCCAGGACGUAAACUUUAUGAAGAAAUACAAAAAUGGGAGCACUUUUAUAAAAUCGAAGACGAAGAGUGAAUAUAUUUUGGUGUUGUGUUAGUCAUUAAGAAUGCCAUAUGAUUGCCCUUAUUAGCGUUAUUGAUUUCGGAUUAGUAUAAUUUUGAAAUAUGUAUACAAUACCAGUUUAUUAUUUUGUCGACAAAAUAUUUAUGAAAGUCUUAUGCUUAUCAUUUGUUCAACAAAACAGAAUUAUGCAUUAACUCAAUCCAAAUUUCUAAAUAUUUUUUUCAUACAUUUUGGAAAUAUGAGCAUUUGUAAUUAUAUGCUAUACUUAUAUAGCGCAAUCGGUUUAUUGUUAAUAUUGUGUUGAGAUUAUUUUUAGUAAAAUACGAAUCAAAUAUUGUGUUAUUGCACCAAAAGAGUCAGGAAAAUCUUGACUAUAAAAUUGUAAUUAAAUUAAUAAUACAUAAU